UCGAAGCUAAAAAGCUUUCUACAGGAAAACCCUACAUUCAGCAGCAUAAGCUGUAACACAGGUAGCAGUAAUUAGAGGUGAUCUACAGCUACAGAACAAUGAAUGAUUAUGUACGCCUCUAUGAUGCAGCAAAUGACUCAUCUGACCCUGAAUUGAGAAUCAUUCUUCUGGGAAAAGCUGGAGCAGGGAAGAGUACGACUGGGAACACCAUCCUGGGUGAAAAUGUAUUCUUAUCAGAGCCUUCACCUACACCAGUUACAGAAAUGUGCAGAACCGAGAGUCGGGACUAUGGCGGUAGGAGAAUCAAGGUGAUUGACACCCCUGGGACCUUUGGGUCAGCGAAGGGUAAAGAGAUAGCCUCACAAAUAAAAGACUGCAUCCGUCAGUCACUUCCUGGCCUUCAUGUGUUCCUGCUGGUCAUUAGUCUCGCUGUGAGGUUCACAGAGGAGGAGAAGAACGCUGUGGAAUGGAUUAAGGAUAACUUUGGAGAAGAUGCCUCGGCCUACACUAUCGUUCUCUUUACCAAUGCUGACCAGUUGAAGGGCAAACCGUUGGAUGCCUUUAUCGACAAAAGCAGUUAUCUUCAGAACCUGAUUGACGACUGUGGUGGAAGAUACCAUGCGUUCAACAAUGAAGAUAGUUGGAACCGCAGUCAGGUCACAGAGCUGCUGGAGAAGAUAGAUGCUAUGGUGAGAAUGAACGGAGGAAAGCAUUGUUGGUUCACAGACCCUGAAUUGAGAAUCAUUCUUCUGGGAAAAGCUGGAGCAGGGAAGAGUAUGACUGGGAACACCAUCCUGGGUGAAAAUGUAUUCUUAUCAGAGCCUUCACCUACACCAGUUACAGAAAUGUGCAGAACCGAGAGUCGGGACUACGGCGGUAGGAGAAUCAAGGUGAUUGACACCCCUGGGACCUUUGGGUCAAUGGAGAAAAAAGAGAUAGCCUCACAAAUAAAAGACUGCAUCCGUCAGUCACUUCCUGGCCCUCAUGUGUUCCUGCUGGUCAUCAGUCUCGCUGUGAGGUUCACAGAGGAGGAGAAGAACGCUGUGGAAUGGAUUAAGGAUAACUUUGGAGAAGAUGCCUCGGCCUACACUAUCGUUCUCUUUACCAAUGCUGACCAGUUGAAGGGCAAACCGUUGGAUGCCUUUAUCGACAAAAGCAGUUAUCUUCAGAACCUGAUUGACGACUGUGGUGGAAGAUACCAUGCGUUCAACAAUGAAGAUAGUUGGAACCGCAAUCAGGUCACAGAGCUGCUGGAGAAGAUAGACGCAAUGGUGGAGGAGAACGGAGGAAAGCACUACACUAACGAGAUGUUUCAAAAGAUCCAAAGGAAGAUCUGGAUGAAGAAAAUAGCCAAAGAUGCUGCACUGGGAGUGGGAAUGGUAGUAGGUGGAGCAGGAAUAGUAGCAGGAGGUGUGUUUCUUGCUACAGAAGUUGCAGUAGUGCUGCCAGUUGCAGCAGUGGCUGCUGGAAGUGUAGCUGCAGUGGGAGCAGGGGCAAAGCUCAUUCAUGAUAAAGUUACAAAAAAAGACACUUAACUAGGCAUCAUGCAUAAAAACAGCAAUGCUUGCCAAAUAUUGUGUGUUCAGGAAAUAUCAGGUGAAUAUAAGGCAUAUCGCUGCUGUCGGAACAAAACCUCGUCUUCAUCUUUUCGGUUUUUGACAUAACUUGAAAACGCCUGUUGCCAUUUACAUUGUGUGUAAAUUUCAGAAUAAAUGGACCACAACAAACAGCCCAACAUGACUUGAAAAAAUUCUGGU